UGCGGCGUCCACACCGGUGCUGGAGGCCGCGCACACGCAGGCGGAGGGAGCAGGUGGUCCCUCCUCUCUGCCGCACUUCCCGGCCCCUCAGUCCCGACUGCAGGAAAGAGUCUAGGAAUUUUGUAAACACACUCUGCCCCCUCCCUCUCUGCCGUCCCGCAGCAAGCCGGUCGCGCUCCGCGUCCCCAGGCUGUGCAGGAGGCCCAGCCCGGUGGCGGGCAGCAUUGAGGCCGGGCCCCCAGCCCAGCGGAGCCGGGAGCGCGACCCGGACACAAACGCAACGCCGACGGCGACGCCCGGGGCGCUCGAACCGGGAAGUGGCGGCGGACUGACUCCUCUCGCUUCCGGUCGCCGCCCGCGCGCGCCCGGCCGGGAACGCGGACCACGCGCCGCUACGGACCGACAGCUUCCAGUGCUCAGCGCCUGCGACGCCAGUCCCGGGGGCACGUGCCUCGGCUUCAAUCUGGGAAUUCUUUAAGUGAAACGUAUUUAAAAUCUUAGACCAUACCCGGAAGAGAGCCCAGUCAACAAUAAGGUGGAAGAGAAUGAUGUUGUCCUUAAACAAUCUACAGAAUGUCAUCUAUAACCCGGUAAUCCCCUAUGUUGGGACCAUUUCUGAGCAGUUGGAGCCGGGAACGUUGAUUGUACUACGUGGGCAUGUUCCUAGUGACUCGGACAGGUUCCAGGUGGACCUGCAAUGUGGCAGCAGCGUGAAACCCCGAGCGGAUGUGGCCUUCCAUUUCAAUCCACGCUUCAAAAGGGCCAACUGCAUUGUCUGCAACACUCUGAGAAAUGAGAAGUGGGGCUGGGAGGAGAUCACCUACGACAUGCCUUUCAAGAAAGAGAAGUCAUUCGAGAUCGUGAUCAUGGUGCUGAAAGAGAAGUUCCAGGUGGCUGUCAAUGGAAGGCAUACCCUGCUGUAUGCCCACAGGAUCAGCCCAGAGAGGAUAGACACGCUGGGCAUUUACGGCAAAGUCAUCAUUCACUCUGUGGGCUUCAGCUUCAGCUCGGAUUUAGGAAGUACCCAAGGAUCUACUCUGGAACCGACAGGGAUAAGUAAAGAAAAUGUACAAAAGCCUGGCGGGUCACAGCUUCCUAGUAAUAGAGGAGACAUUUCUAAAAUCGUCCCCAGAACUGUCUACACCAAGAGCAAAGGUUCGCCGGCCAAUCACACUUUGACUUGCGCCAAAAUACUACCUACCAACUGUUUGUCAAAGACUCUGCCGUUCGUAGCAAGGUUGAACUCCUCCAUGGGCCCUGGACGGACCGUCGUCAUAAAAGGAGAAGUAAAUACAAACGCCAAAGGCUUUACUGUUGAUCUGCUAUCAGGAAAAUCCAAGGAUAUUGCUCUCCACUUGAACCCACGCCUGAAUGUGAAAGCAUUUGUAAGAAAUUCUUUUCUUCAGGAGGCCUGGGGAGAAGAAGAGAGAAAUAUUACCUGUUUCCCUUUUAGUCCUGGGAUGUACUUUGAGAUGAUAAUUUACUGUGACGCCAGAGAAUUCAAAGUCGCGGUGAACGGUGUCCACAGCCUGGAGUACAAGCACAGGUUUAAGGAGCUGAGUAAAGUCGACACGCUGGAGAUCGACGGCGACAUCCACUUACUGGAAGUGCGGAGCUGGUAGCCGACACGAGGGCUGCAAAUGCUGAAAUACAGCAUGACCUCGGUAACACUGGCCUUGGUAAAAUGGCUCUAUCAUGACAUGCUUUAUUUACAUUGUUAAAGUCCUCAAGUCCCGCUGGGUGUGCUCAGUCCCUGCCGCGCGCCUUGCCGAGCCGAGUGAGAGGACGGAUGCGACAGUAGUCACGGCCAUUACUCUAACAGGCUUUCCUGCUCUCUCCUCUGCAGCUUGCUGCCUCGUUUAAACCUACUUUGCAUUCAGCAAGUAUUUAGGAAGUGCCCACUGCAACAGAGAAAGCCAGCCUGCACUGAGCAUUUAUCUUCUCACGUGUGGUGGGAGCCAGGGAUACACAGUGGGGCGCGUACGUUCCCUGCUCUGCCAAGCCCUGGGCCACUGUUGCUCCUUCACGCUCUAGACUCACCAGGGACUUAGAAGAAUUAGUCUAUUAAGUCUCCUAAGGGCACAAAUUUAUAGGUGACGCUUCCUCCAGUGCUGGCUCAGGGUUUGACUGUAUCCCAUAAUUGGGAGGUUUGAUGUUGAUUUACGUCUGGAGAUUUUCUUUAGCAUGAUAAAAUAUCUAGCUCUGCUAGUUGGAAGCAUUACCAAAUGAUUAACACUUUGAACUCUAAACGCAGCACAAUGAUAAAGGCAAAAAGCAAAGCAAAACUGAACCAAAUGGUGUUGAAAUUAACGACGUCAGUCUUAAGGCCACUGAUUUCUGUACCAGUAAAUGCAUAUUUUAGAAUAUUGGAGUUUCGAGUGAGCCAGAGGUCUCCUAUGCACAGACUCUACAGAGAGUGUAAGGUAGACAAGAGACGGUCUCAAUCUGUAAAAUGUCUGUGGGUAACAAAGCAGUGUCAAGAUUAGAUUUAAUGACUGUUUAUAAAGCAGGCCCUAUCAGUAAACUACAGCAGCCGAGACCAGUGAGUGGAGAGGCGCUGGUAUUCUGCCCCUGGUCAGUGCAGACCAGCACUGCCCCUGCCCGUCUGAAGACGGGUCCAUCAUCAUUAGUGACGGAGAUCAAAACAUGGUUCUGCUUUUAGUGAUUAAAAUCAGAACCUGUAUCAGCAAGUCAAACUGUUGCAUUUCUGUAAUUUUUGUCUAUUAUUCUUUGAAGCAAGUUUGGCAGAAGUUCUUUGUAGAAUUCUCACAGGUCAGAUCUUGUUACAGGGAAUUUCAGAGGUUUGUGAGUGGGGGAGGGAGAGAGCUAGAUCAGUCGCAUCAUUUUAUCAUGUUAAAUUGCUGGGCUGAAUUCUGCCAGGAUUUGGGGAUAUUUUCAUAACAGUUUGUGGUUAGGUAUUAUUUGUAUCCAUAUAUUGCAGAAAAUACUAUUACCAAUCUUACUCCUAAAGGUACUCAGUGUGGACACUUUUAGCACUUAAUUCUUUUCCAUCUUUUCAUGUUAAUUUAUUAUGCGGAGUCUCACCAAACUCAAAAAAAAAAAAAAAAAUAGUGGAGGUGGGGAUGUUGGGAAAGCUGUACAAGGCAAGAAGGGUCUAGAAUCCCCAGGGUUAUUUUUUUCCUUCAGAAAAGAACAUCAGAGGGCCUGGCAGAUGGCAGAAACUGUGGACCACUUAGAAAAAAAGAGAAGCCCCCUUACCUUGUUUUCUUUAAUUCUUAACCACAGUAUGUUUUCCUUUUAUGUGGACAAUACUAAGACAGUUCUUUGAUAGAGUAAAUAUAAAAUCUUAAGAUCAUUUUUAGAAAAUAAGCUGGUACCAUUUAUUAAUAAAUCCUGUUGUGACAUUUCUUAAAGAGAAAUAUGCACUCCUAGCAAGCUCUGUCUCCAGGCGCAAACCAGCCUUCUGCUUGCGACAAUUCCACACUAAAUUUCUAUAUUAAAUUAGACCAAGGGCUUUCAGACUUUAACAGAGCUAUGGAACAGUUCUUAGAUGCCUUAAAUUUUUAAAAGGCAUCAAUUAAUGUCCUAAACAAAAUAAAGGCAGAUUUAAUUCGGCUUGAGCGUUCACUUUCUAGCUUCACCAUGACAUGGUAUAGAGAGAACUUUAAAGCUUUGAAAAAAUUCUUUUAUUUACUUUAUUCCUCAAUUCUUGCUUGGUUAACUGCCAAUGGAAAUGUGAGCACAUCUAACUGGAGGGGCUCCUUCUUGCCACUGAGUGUUUCAAGGCCCUGGCUAUUUGUAGGAUCAUUGGGUGUGGUGGUUCUGUUAACAGUCUAUUGCCUCUACCACUCCACCCUACCCCCAAGAGACUGAAGGAUAAAGGACAGUCCAGAGUAGAAGAUGCAUUCCAGAACUACCUGCUCUGUGGGGCACACACAAAAAUUAAGACUGAAGUGUUAUCCACCCAGAACAAAAAGUAAAAAUCCAGUGGCUUCAGGGCUGAAAGCAUUCUUGUUGGGUGCUGAGUAACUGUCAUUUUCUUAAAGAGCUACUUUGAGUGAAAUCCCUGACAUGGAUACCAUGCAAAAGCUAUCCUUUACCACGAACAUUCAGGUUUUAUAGUCCAAAUGCAGGUUAGCUUUGGAUGCUAACAUUAAACAUGUAUGUAGUGGCAGUAACAUCAAGAGACUGUAAUCGGUGCUGGGGCUUCCCCGAUGGUUUAUCGGUCAAAGAAUCCACCUGCGAUGCAGGAGACCUGGGUUUGAUCCCCAGGCUCGGGGAGAUCCCGUGCAGGAGAAAAUGGCAACCCACUCCAGUAUUCUCACCUGAAGAAUCCCAUGGAAAGAGAAGCCUGACGAGUUACAGUCCAAAGGGUCCCAAAGACUGAGCAACUGAGCACACACUACACACAUAAUCAAUGCUGAAACAAACACAGCAGUCUGUAUAAAAAUACCACGUAUCAUUUACUCUUUGUAGAUUCUGUACAACCGGCAGGAAAGGCUUCUGUGGUCGCAUAGAUCAGGAGGGAAUUUUGUAACGAAGUCCAAGUAGGGUUAAGGCACCAAAAGUAAUAUGGUCCUGAACACCCAGAAUAAAGAUAUGAAAGAGCAGUCUGAUCCCUGAACAGAGUACGAAAUACCCAAACCCAGAGUUUCAGAAGUAGCUCUGGAGAGGCUCUCCCAGGAUGGUUUCCAGCUGCUGGAUGGUCUUCUGGCACUGGUGCUCUACCUCUUCACAUUCAUCUAAAAAAAAAAAUCAAGUCAGUCUUCCUGCCUUGGUUCUCGUCAGCCUGGUCUGCACAUCCUGCUCUCGCUGCGAGUCCCUAAGUCAGGAGAGAAGUGAAGCACAGUGCUGAGGCGGAAGCCAUCCUGAAGUCCCUCCUGCCUUUCUCCUUCCUGCCUGCCUCCCCUUCUUACGGUCUGGUCUUAGACUAGGGAAGUGGAGAAAGACCCCAAAUAGUGGUGCACAAAUGAACAUUCCAGACACCUAGCAAUGCUGCUCUGUUUAGUCAUUCACACAGCCCCCUCCCGCGGCAGGGGGGAACAAAGGUGCAGGCACCUGGUUGGGGAUGUGCAGUGAACGCCCAACGUGAAAGCAUCAGUCCUUGCCUCCGCCACCCCUGCUCGUAUCUGUACUACUUCCUGGGCUGCAUGGUAGCACCAUGCUCACUCUGCUCUGUGUGCAGAGCUGCACAAACCUGAACUUCAACCCCAGUUCCACCUGUCACACUUGUUAUCAGAUUACUUAAUCCUGUUAAAGCCUCUAAUUUUUUCCUUUAUUAAAAAAAAAAAGGGAUACGGGCAUGUGCCUGGUGAGGAUUAAUGAGCUCAUCCACACAGAGUACAGAGUAAGUGCUGGGCAUUAACAGUGCUACUCCAUUGUAUCCUUAGUGGCACUGGAUGUUUUGAUAUAAUAACCCUGCAUCUGUGGACCAAAAUAUUCAUUCAUAGUCAUGUAUGAGGUUAAAGCAAAACAAUAUUAUAGUCUGUACUGUCAGCAAAAAAACACAAAGGUAAAGACAGUAUGGAUUAUGCUGUAAACAAAUCUCAAAUGAUGAGGAGGCAUUUGCUUUCUAACUGUUCCCUCCACCCCACUCAAAACAGGAGCUCAGCCUCCAGGCAAAGGGCUGGAGCCAAGAGCUCAUCACAGUCUCUCCAAACGCACAUUCCCACUGGGCACAUUCCCACAGAGGUUUAAUUACUUCUUAGAAGUCUGGGAAUUACCUUCCAUCAAUUCAGCUAAGAACGGAAUGGACUCUGGUAACAAGACGAUGUAAUUCUCUCUCAGUUUCUCAGCCAGUGCUAACACAGUUAUCAGAGCAGCAAAUCGAACCUGAGAAGAUGGAAGAACCAUUUUUUUUAAAAACCAAAGAACUAUUACAGCUCUGUUUGUUAAUUUAUGAUCUAACUUGAGACAUGCUCUGAAUCUUAAACUGUUAUUUCACUCUCUCCAUUCAAGCUUCAUCUUAGCAUACCAGUUCAUUUAACAGUUUGAGACCUGUUGUAUAACAUGGGCAACCUUGUAAGUCACAGCCUUUCAAUCUGUGUUCUAGUACUGCAGGCCUUUCAUUUGAAUUUUUUUUUUUGUAACAUUUUCCUUAAACAAAAACACUAAAAAAAAGCCACAUGCAAAUUGGAGUGUGUCACCAAACGUGACUGCACUGGAGCUGCUGGCUGGCCUGGCUGGUGCCCACCUGGCGGGCGCGUGUCCCCAGCCACUGCAGGCAGGACUCCUGCCCUCAAGCCCGACUGGGGUCACCAUGUGGCGGGGUGAGGGGCGGCAUGCUCCUCAGCCUGACUAGAAGACACUCACUGUGUCGUAAAUGUCCUAGUUUUGGAACUUAAGAUUGGAGUGCUGCUCACAUGUCUUGCCUGUGACAAGGAACCCAAGCAGCUGUUUGCUUUGUUAGUCAUUCACUCUGAAACAAAAGCCAUGUUAGUCCUCUUUCUGGUUUGGGGUAAUUUAAAGAAUAUCUGGAUACAGCAAAGUGAGAUAUUUAAAAACAUUUGUAACUGCCUAUGUUCAAUCAGGAUUUUCCUGAUCUGGUACAAUCAAAACAUGUUACAAUAAAUCUAUUGCAGAAACUUUGUAAGAACCUACAAUUUAAAAUGUAGGGGUACACUGGAAGAGCCUCAUUGUUUCCAUUACUUCCAAAAAACUAAAUGUUGUGAAAUUUCAACCAAUAAAUCUAUUAAUAAAA